AUGACCAAUACCUGCCAUACACCAGGGUCAUUUUACAAUAAUUGCAAAAAUUGCAAAGACAGUAGGAUAUCGACCCUAUGCAACGUUGUAGAUUCGUUGAAAUGUGACAGAAGCUACCAAAAUGGGUCAAAGAGUGGAUUGUUUGAACCGUAUGAAGCGUCAAAUGCUACAUUUUAUUCUGCUCUGGCUUACACAGACGAACCUGUUGAAUGUGCAAAUAGAAUAAAGGAAUUUGGACAUAUCAAAAUUGUUGAAAUUAUUGGACGAAAAUGUAAUUAUCUCUUUAAAUACAAGGAGUGUUAUGCAAUAACAGCGGUUUCCCAUUCAAUGAAGAAAAUCAUUCUGGCUUAUCGUGGAACAACAAGUCCAAAACAGCUUAUUGAAGAAUUUACCACAGUACUUGGAAAAUUCAAAGUUUCCACUAAAGUUGGAGGGAAAAUACAAGUGUAUUUCAGUAAUGCAAAUGAUCAGAUAUAUCCAUGCGCAAAGGCGAGUUUAAAAGAUCUAGUCAAUAAGUAUCCAUCAUAUAGAGUAAUUAUAACUGGACAUUCGCUUGGUGGGGCUGUGGCGUCCAUAGCCGCGGCUCAACUUGUAUUUGAUAACGUCAUUAAUAAUAAAACCACUACGCUCUACACAUUCGGUAUGCCAAGACCUGGUGACCGCAAAUAUGCCAUGAACCACGAUAAAUAUCUUUCAAAAAGCUGGCGAAUAGUACAUUAUAGAGAUAUUGUUGCAAUGCUACCUACAAUGACAGUACUUCCUAGCAGUCCAUAUCAUCACCAGCGCGAGAUUUUCUACGGGGCGGAUAUGAGCAUGUUUAGUGAUUACAUUGAAUGUUUUGAGUAUGAGGAUGAAGAAUGCCGUAUAGCCCCAUCAAAGAAAUCGAUUGAAUAUCACAGAACGUACUAUGGAAUUAAAGUAGGGUCACUCUGUGAUGAAAAUAUGAAUAGACGUAAAAGGUCCGAUGAUGUAUCAAGCAUGAGUCACCUAUUUAACUAUGCUACUUGCAGAAGAAUACGUGUUGCCGACAUGGUAACAAGCGGUAGUAACGCAUUUGUUUAUGGUGUAACAAAUUUGGUCUCUACUUUGCUGUGUUUAACAUCAAUACUGUACAUCUUAGAAUAA